AUGGCAAACACUGGGGAUCUGUACGAAAACGGGAGGCAGAGUUUGGUCUUGGAUGACGAGCAUUUCAGAGGCCCUCUCUCUGCCGCAGAGUCCCCAGGCUUGGCGUACCUCCACAAGCCUCUGAUCGCCCUGGUGCUGGGGGCCCUGACGUCCGGAGCGGGGGCCGUGCUGCUGCUGAUGGGGGUGUCUCCGGUGGGAUCGGCCUGUCUCUCUGUGGGCCUCAUGUUCGUGGUGCUGGGGCUAGUGUGGCUCCCGGUGCUGAAGGAGAAGCACCGCAGAAGGACCAGCGCUCUGGGGGAAUGA